AUGGAGUUAGACAUCGAAGAGCAUUGGUUUAUCACCCUCAGAUCGAUGGGCAAGCAGAGAUAUCAAAUAGGGAGCAUUCAAAACACCUUUAGGAAUGUCUCAUUAUCAAUUAGUCUACGGAAAAACGUGCCACUUUCCUGUAGAGCUGAGCAUAAAGCUUAUUGGGCAAUGAAGCAACUAAAUAUGGAUCUUCAAACAGCUAGUGAAAAGCAUCAUUUGCAAAUUAAUAAGAUGGAGGAGUUUCGUAAUGAAGCUUAUGAAAAUGCAAGGAUUUACAAAGAACAAACAAAGGCUUGGCAUGAUAGGCAUAUCUCAAAGAAGGAGCUUCUACCUGGACAACAAGUUUUACUUUACAAUUCAAAGCUUCACCUCUUUUCAGGAAAGCUCAAAUCUCGAUGGUCACGCCCAUUCACGAUUGUUAAAGUUUUUCCCCAUGGAGUAGUAGAAGUCGCUCAUGAUGAGAAUGGGACAUUUAAAGUGAAUGGACAACAUUUGGAGCCUUAUGUAAAUGGUGAAUUUGACAACAACAAGAACACCAUUCUUCUUGACCCAACCUAG